CGCGCCGAGCUGGGCUGGGCCGGGGUCUGCCUCUGCUCUUGCUCCCUGGACGCCUCGAAACCAGGCGGCGGCCGUCGCGCGGGACCUCGUCGCGCCCGGCAGUCCUCGUCCCCGUGACCCCCCUGGGCUGGGCCGCCCCUCGCCUCCCGGACCAUGCUACGCUGGCUGCGGGGCUUCGUGCUGCCUGCGGCGGCCUGCCAGGACGCGGAGCCGCGGACGCGCUACGAGACCCUCUUCCAGAGGCUGGACCACAACAAGGACGGCGUGGUGGACAUCCGCGAGCUUCAGGAGGGGCUCAAGAGCCUGGGCAUCCCGCUGGGCCAGGACGCCGAGGAGAAAAUCUUUACAACUGGUGAUAUCAACAAAGAUGGGAAGCUCGAUUUUGAAGAAUUUAUGAAGUAUCUUAAAGACCAUGAGAAAAAAAUGAAAUUGGCAUUUAAGAGUUUGGACAAAAAUAACGAUGGUGUAAUUGAAGCUUCCGAAAUUGUCCAGUCUCUCCAGAUACUAGGUCUCACUAUUUCUGAACAGCAAGCAGAGUUGAUCCUUCAAAGUAUUGAUGCUGAUGGAACAAUGACAAUAGACUGGAAUGAAUGGAGGGACUAUUUCCUAUUUAAUCCUGUUACAGACAUUGAGGAAAUUAUCCGUUUCUGGAAACACUCGACUGGUAUUGACAUAGGAGAUAGUUUAACUAUUCCGGACGAAUUCACGGAAGAUGAGAAGAAGUCUGGACAGUGGUGGAGGCAGCUGUUGGCAGGGGGUAUCGCAGGUGCCGUUUCUCGAACGAGCACUGCCCCUUUGGACCGUCUGAAAGUCAUGAUGCAGGUCCACGGUUCAAAAUCAGGCAAAAUGAACAUAUAUGAUGGCUUUCGACAGAUGGUGAAAGAAGGAGGUAUCCGCUCCCUUUGGAGAGGAAAUGGUACAAAUGUCAUUAAAAUUGCUCCUGAGACAGCUAUUAAGUUCUGGGCAUAUGAACAGUACAAGAAAUUGCUUACUGAGGAAGGACAAAAAGUAGGAACCUUUGAGAGAUUUAUCUCUGGUUCUCUGGCCGGAGCAACCGCACAGACUAUUAUUUACCCCAUGGAGGUUAUGAAAACCAGGCUGGCUGUAGGCAAAACAGGACAAUAUUCUGGAAUAUUCGAUUGUGCCAAGAAGAUUUUGAAACACGAAGGCAUGGGAGCUUUUUACAAAGGUUAUGUUCCCAACUUAUUAGGCAUCAUACCUUAUGCAGGUAUAGAUCUUGCUGUGUAUGAGCUCUUGAAGUCCCAUUGGCUGGAUAAUUAUGCCAAAGACUCUGUAAACCCCGGAGUUGUAGUGCUGCUGGGGUGUGGUGCUUUAUCCAGCACCUGUGGCCAGCUGGCCAGCUACCCCUUGGCUUUGGUGAGAACACGCAUGCAGGCUCAAGCCAUGAUAGAAGGAAACAAACAGAUGAAUAUGGUUGGCCUCUUUCGACGGAUAGUUUCUAAAGAAGGAAUCCCAGGACUUUACAGAGGCAUCACUCCAAACUUCAUGAAGGUGCUCCCUGCUGUGGGGAUCAGUUAUGUGGUUUAUGAAAAUAUGAAGCAAACUUUAGGAGUAUCCCAGAAAUGACAUGUUGAAUUUUUUGCUUUAGCAUGAUUAUUGAAAUUUUCAACAAUCUCUGGAGUGACUUUUCCUCCUAGAAUUACAAGCGUAUAGCAAAAGAAGGCCUUUAUUUCUCACCAAAAAAAGGAAGAGCAUAUCAAUGAUUAUUUCAAACAUUUGGGCUCAAUUUUAUAUAUAUAUAUAUAUAUAU